GUUCCUGUGUUUAUAUAUAGUGUAGGGAAGGGCCACAUACUGUAGUGACUUUUAAGAUUUUGUCAAACAUUCUUAUAUAUGUUUUUAAGAUGUUUAUCUAGUGGGGUCAUUUGGACCACAGUAUAAACAGGUGAAAACAUGAUUUACUUUUUUCUUGCAUGUCAUGUGAGUGGCUGUGUAUAAAUUAUAUCUGAAAGUGUAUGAGAAUGUUUAGAGAAUCAUACUAUGUUACCUGUAACUGCAAUGGAAGUAUAAUUAUUUUUCUAUGAUUAGACUAACCAGUGAGGUUUCAUUCUUAGUUUUUAUGUGAUUAAUAGGUUAAAUAACACAGUUCUCUCAAUAUCUUGUGAUUUCAGAGGAAGGAGAGGUGCUCAGAGAGUUAGAGGAAUUGAAGAGAGUGGUGAUAACAGAGGAGAGAGAGAUGAAGGAAAUAGAGGAACGGAUAAAGAAAAUGAAGAGCAAGACAAAGGAACUGAGCCCGGAGGAAGAGGAGGAACUGGAGAAAUUAGAGAAAGUGAAGAAACAAUGGGAGAUAGUGAAGGAGGGAUUGGAUUUAGAGAAAUUGGAGAAAGAUGGGGAAUGUCUUAAGGAAUAUGAGAAAAACUUAAAGGAAUUAAAGAGACAGAAGGAAGAAAGAGAAAAAAAUCGUAAGGAAUUGGAGAAAGAGCAGAAGGAAACAAUUAGAGAGAAGGAGGAAGCGGAAAUAAAUGUUAAGGAAUUAGAAGAAAAUAUGCAGGAGGCUAAGAGAAACUUGGUGGAGAUGAUCCAUAAAAGCAAUAGGAAGAAAGCAGAGAAUGAAAAAAAGUUGAGAGAGAUGGAAGAGAGGAACGAGAUGAAGAGACUGGAAAGGGAAAGAAGGAAUGAGGAAUUACAGAGACAGAUGGAGGAAAUUGAUAGAAGACCUUAAAAGAAUUAAUGAUGGAGAUUUCCAACAUGAAUGAAACAGACAUAAACGAGUUGCUUUCAAAUGAUCCAGAGCUAUGCCAUGCUAUUAAAAGACUUAGACCUAUGGGAAUAUGAUACACCAGAAACAUCCAAAACAGAAGAGGAGAGAGAGCCCAGAGCCACAACGGAAACAGAAAAGUGGUGAUCCAAACACAACACAAACAGGAGAAGAAACUACUGUCACUGACCAAGAGACCCCAGAUACAUCAUCACAGGUUCAGCAAAGAGCAAGUACAUCAGUGAUUUCACCUGAAAGAGCUACACAAACACAAGAGGACCCUGGAGCAACAGUGCAGACGACUCAAGGAGAAGAGAGUGUUUCCACGGAGCAAGAGAGAUCCUCCACAGAUAUACAAUCACAGGAACAAGACAGAGAGAAAGAACAUCUCAAUCAGGCUCAUCACUAACAGGAGAUACAACACAAACACCAGAGAGGACAGAAGA